AUGAUACUAGAUGAAAUGAAGAAUAUCAAGAGUGGAAAAGAGCUAGUGGAUGAAGUAAGGAAGAUUGAGAAGAACAUCAACGCUGGUAGUACUAUCUCAUCUCUCCUUCAGCUGAGUGCUACUGAGAUUUCUAGUCAUACAUGUGAGGUUCCAACACCGUCACAUUUAGCUGAGCAAGAUAGCGAGAGCCCAGAGGAAGAGAUACCUCAGAUUGAAGAUGUACUCGAAGCCAAGGCACAAGAUGAUCCAGAGCUCGAACAACAAAGUGAUCAAGUUGAAGACUCGUCAUCUACUACUCCUGAAGAAGUACAAGAAGAUGAUGUAGAUGAAGAUGAAGAACCUGAGACGCAUUUGCCCAUCGUCAUACAGGAGCGUGAUUUAGCAGGUUUAUCCAAUCCUCUUGAUGACAUGCUUCCUUAUGAGAUCUUUGCUGGUACUUUCCAUUGUGUUAUACCAUCAAUUAAGCUAGACUUGAAAAAUUAUUUGCUUGGACAUGAUCAUACAUACAUUGUUGGUGGCAUUGCUCUCAUUCCUGAUGAUGACACUUACUAUUCCCAUGCUAGUCUUGAGCUUAAUGAUAAAUUUCAUCCUCAUGUUAGUGUCGACCUUGCUGAUUUCUAUCAUCCUAAACAUGUGCUUUAUAGCUAUGCUUAUGUAAUUGGAUAUUCGAUUGAUGACUUGGAGGGUAUUAUCCCUACCACUUGCAUUGUCUCUUUUGUUGAGAGUGCUUUUAGGUUUUUGCUUGUGCACGAUCCAUUACAUGCUGACCAGGUUUGA